AGUCUUCGGCUACAAGAAGAAAAAAAAUAAAAAAGCGAUCGUGGUCAUAUGUAAGAAACAGCUCAACCGAAGAAACGUCUGUCUACCACAUCUCUAAUCUCCGUCACCGGCGUCGCCAAUGGCUACUCAAUCUGCUUCUUCCUCUUCCAACAUUCAGCCGCCGCCACCACCACCACCACCCAAGGAGUCGCUCGGCCGCCGUUACAAGUUCAUCUGGCCUCUUCUUCUCGCUGUCAAUUUUUCCAUCGGAGCUUACCUUUUCACAAGAACAACUAAAGAGGAGAAGACAGAGGGAGAGGUGCCUGCAACUGUGGUUACAUCCACUGCAAUAUCAACCGCCUCCGUGUCUCCUCCUGCCGCCCCAAAGCCGGUGAAACCAAUCCCCAUUGAUGAACAGAUAGAGCUCUUCAAGUGGAUAUUGGAGGAGAAAAGAAAAGUGAAAACAAAAGAUCCUCAAGAGAAAAAACGAAUAGAUGAAGAAAAAGCCAUACUCAAACAAUUCAUCCGCUCAAAGUCCAUCCCCACCUUGUAGAUAUAAUACACUUGGA